AUGUCUACAGAAUGGAACCUCCCCUCCGGGCUUAUGCCUGAUCCUGCCAGCCCAGAUUGGCUUAGCAAGGCGGACAACGCAUGGCAACUCACUGCGGCAACUCUAGUGGGCCUCCAGAGUGUACCUGGCCUGGUCAUACUCUAUGGGAGCAUAGUAAAGAAGAAAUGGGCUGUGAACUCGGCGUUCAUGGCCCUGUAUGCCUUCGCAGCGGUGCUGGUUUGCUGGGUGGGCUGGGGGUACCGGAUGUCAUUUGGGGACAAGUUCAUACCUUUCCUCGGGAAACCUGAUGUUGCCUUGGACCAGAAAUAUCUAUUGGGCCAGCCCUUUGUAGGGAAAUUCCCUAAUGCUACAAUGAUAUAUUUCCAGUUCGUGUUUGCAGCUAUAACGUUGAUUUUGAUUGCUGGGGCAUUGCUUGGGAGAAUGAAUUUUCAUGCAUGGAUGCUGUUUGUGCCGCUUUGGCUCACUUUCUCUUACACUUUUACUGCUUAUAGCAUAUGGUGCCCAACUGGGUGGUUGGCUAAGAUGGGCAUUAUAGAUUACUCCGGAGGAUAUGUGAUUCACCUUGCAUCUGGGGCUGCUGGUUUCACAGCAGCUUUUUGGGUAGGACCAAGGGCAAACAAGGACAGAGAAAGGUUCCCACCAAACAACAUCCUUCUUAUGUUGGCAGGUGCUGGACUUCUUUGGAUGGGGUGGACGGGAUUCAAUGGUGGAGAUCCUUACUCUGUCAGCGUAGAUGCAUCUCUGGCCGUCCUUAACACCCAUGUUUGCACUGCUACUAGUUUGCUCACCUGGCUCUUUCUUGACAUAAUUUUCUUUGGGAAACCCUCUGUGAUUGGAGCCACACAAGGCAUGAUCACUGGUCUAGUUUGCAUCACCCCUGCUGCAGGAGUUGUCCAAGGAUGGGCAGCAAUCCUAAUGGGACUGAUGUCAGGUAGCAUCCCAUGGUACUCCAUGAUGGUCCUGCACAAGAAAAUAUGGCUUCUGAAGCAAGUAGAUGAUACGAUGGCAGUUUUCCACACCCAUGCAGUUGCAGGUAGCUUAGGAGGCAUUCUCACUGGCUUCUUUGCAGAGCCUAAGCUAAACCGCCUCUUCUACUUGGUAGACACUUGGCAGCACUAUAUAGGACUUGCCUAUGGCCUGCAAACCGGCAGGACGACGGCAGGGUUCAAGCAGAUGGGAAUUCAAUUGCUUGGAAUAAUUUUCGUGAUUCUCCUGAACAUUUUCACGACGAGUGUGAUUUGUUUCUUGAUAAAAUUCGUGGUUCCUCUUCGACUGGCUGAUGAUGAACUGCAAACUGGAGAUGAUGCAAUUCAUGGAGAAGAGGCUUAUGCGUUGUGGGGAGAUGGGGAGAAGUACGAGUCCAAGCAUAAUUCAAUUUAUGAAGAGUUCCCUCAGGUGGCUCCAAAGGGUGGUGGUGGUGGGGGAGGUCAGGUUGAAAUGGCUUGA